UUCACUGCAGAAUGGCUUGGUGGGGGGGUGAAGGACCUGUUUUAAGGAUUGGAUUUUUAAUCGUGGUGCUUCUACAUUAAAGUAUUUAUGGAUAACGAGUGCCAGAGCAGCUCUGGGCAGAGCGUCCAGUGCUUUUGUGGCAGGGGAAUGGAACGAUUUUCCCUAAAACCAGCGGUGCUUUGUGUUAAGAGGAAUCUCCUUCCUCUGUCACACGAAACCUUACAAACCCCCCCAAAGACCCCAAAAAGCCUCCCUUGUGUGGAAGGGUGGCGGUAGCCCCGGUGCCCGGCAGUUUAAGCCGCGUGUGCAGCCGGGGAGGGACAGAAAUCCCCGUUCCUACAGAGCCGAUGCCCCGGAAGCGCUUCCCGAGCCCGCAGCGCCUCCGGGUCGGGCCCGCGGUUCCUCCGCGGCUCCGGGAUGGGAGCGACGGCGGGGCUGGUGCUGCUGUGCUGCGGGCUGCUGGGGGCUCUGCGCGCGCUCGCAGAGGACGGGAGCAUGGUGCAGCUGCCCGGGGGCACCUUCCAGAUGGGAUCUCUGCAGAGGAUGGGCGAGGAGGUGCCCGCCAGGGAGGUGACAGUGAAGCCCUUUGCUCUGGACAAACACCCGGUGACAAACAGGGACUUCAGGGAGUUUGUUAGAGAAAAGAAAUACAAAACAGAAGCAGAAGCAUUUGGCUGGAGCUUUGUCUUUGAGGAUUUCGUAUCUGAAGAGCUGAAAAAAAAAGUCACCCAAAAACUGGAGUCAGCCCCGUGGUGGCUGCCCAUUGAGAAGGCUUUUUGGAGACAGCCCUCAGGCCCUGGCUCCAGCAUCAAGGACAGGCUGGAUUACCCCGUGCUGCACGUGAGCUGGAACGAUGCUCAGGCCUUCUGUGCCUGGCAGGGGAAGCGGCUCCCGUCGGAGGAGGAGUGGGAAUUUGCUGCCAGGGGAGGACUGCAGCAAAGGAUGUAUCCCUGGGGAAACAAGUUCCAGGCAAACCGUACAAACCUGUGGCAGGGUGAUUUCCCUCGGGGGGACACGGCUGAGGACGGCUACCACGGCGUCUCCCCAGUGACAGCCUUCCCUGCCCAGAACAGCUACGGGCUCUAUGACCUGCUGGGAAACACCUGGGAAUGGACAGCAUCAGAAUUCCCAGCUCCAGGAAGGGCAUCCAGGGCUCAGAAGAUGCAGGUGCUGAGAGGAGCCUCAUGGAUUGACACUGCAGAUGGCUCUGCAAACCACAGAGCUCGUGUCACCACCAGGAUGGGGAACACACCAGACUCUGCCUCUGACAACCUCAGCUUCCGCUGCGCUGCCAACGUCCCACCCGUGCCAGCCUGGAAAAGCCAGAGCAAAUCUGAGCUCUGAGGGCUCCCUGGGAACACCUGAGGCAUUUUCUCCUGUGGAGAUGAACAGUAACCCCCAGCUGUCACUUCCAUUAAACCCCAAUUGUUUCUAAAAUUAAAAAUAAUUUCAGCCUUUUCAGUGCUGGCAUGUCUGGGUGGGAUUAGUGAUUGGGAAGGCAG